GUGGAUUUUCUCUGGACGCUUCGUCUUGUUUUCAGUUUUUUUUUUUUCCACUAAAAAACCAAAAGGGAACAUCCCAUGUCGAGACUCCACAUCUUUCAAAAGGUGGCCAAUGUUUUGGUCUACCUCUUCUUCCUUUCUGCUACCGUUUACAGCCUCGUCGCCCCUUCUUCGGACGAUACCAUCGCCGAAGGACAAACUUAUAUCACUCCUUCCUUCUGGAUCUCUUAUGUUUGGACCAUUAUCCAUUUGCUUCUUGGUGGUUUCGUCAUCUACCAAUGGUUCAGCCCCGCUCAUGAAGUCGCCUUGCACGGUGUCGGCUGGCACUUUGUCAUCUCCGUCUUGCUCAGCGCGGCCUGGCUCGCUCUUUUGAAAACGGGUCACUACAUUAUCGGAUUCAUCUUUGUUCUCUUGACCGCCUCGUCUGUCUCGUACAUUUUCUACAGACUUGAAAAGGAAUAUGACAUCAACAACUGGUGGGAUCUCUUGUUUGUGCAUGCUCCCUUCUCCUUGUGGCACGGCUGGAUUGUCUUCUCCGCUGUCAUCAACUUGUUCCAAGCCUUCACCGGUGUCAACGAAGAUGGUCCUUCUGUAUUCAUGAGAAUCCUCGUCAUCCUUGGCAUUGUCUUCCUCUCCUCCACCGCCGUCGGCUACGUCCAGUUCAAGAAGAAGAAGGGUGAUGUUACUGGUGCCAUCGUUAUCGGUCUUGGCUUGAUUGCCAUCUUCACCAACCAGAACGAUCCCUGGAUUCACUGGCCUGCUUUGGUGGCUGGUAUUGCCACCUUGUUGUACGCAGCCAGUCCUCUUGUCUGCAAACUUCUCGGUCGCUCCUCAAGCAGCGAGUCCGCCCCUCUUCUCGGUUAAAAAGAUAUACCAUUUAGCCAUCUAGUAAUAAUUAACCGUCUUUUUUUUUUUCAUGUCAACGACACCACUUCAAGGGUGACUUUUUUUUUUCUCUCUUAAAGCUUAUUUCUUAACUCUACGAGAAAACAACAAAAACAAAAAACCAAAAUAAAUACUUUCGCAACUCCUGUUCAUUAUCCACC